AUGGUGCUUGGGACUUCCAGCGCUUUGCCCUAUCAUCUCUGCCAGCAGUAUUUCGCGGCGUCGCUCGCUGGAACUUUGCCAGACGCGCCGGGUAGCGCCGCUCUGGCGGCUGAAACACGUGGCCGAGGAGAGGGGUGGUGGAUGGGGGAUUGGGCGUGGUUGGGGGGUGUUGGACGAAAAACGGUGGCAGUGGUUGGAGGUGGUGGGGGUCCCGAUGCGGCUCUGGAGGCAGGGACUGGGGACAAGAUACAGGAGGGAAAGAAGGGUGUUAGUCAGGAGUUCAAAGCAAGAACUGCAGAUAGCAGUAAAGAGGAAAAUAAACCAACACGGCACUGCGAAGAAAAGUAA